AAUUUGAGAAAUCUUUCCUUUCAAAGAAAAUAAGAUGUGACUCAUAAAACAAUAUUUUGGUCAUAUCUGGCAGUAACAUAAGCUGAUAAGCAAAAAUAAAUUCAGCAGUAGUCUCAGAAAAAAUGUUCUCUGUACAAAAAAUAAAGAAAGCACCAAACACGUAAUUUGGCAGUGGUUAGAAGGUGUGAAGACGUGCUCAGUGCUGUGCAAGAGAGGAUAGCAAACUUGCCAAGCCAAAUUAAAACUAAACAGUGGCCUAACUGUCAGUGUGCCAGGGAAAGCCAAACUGCAAUGCCAAGGAAAAUAUAAAGGUUAAAGUAUCAGGGAAUAUAGUGAUUACUGAAAAAUAUGUUUUGAUUGAUGGAUGUAUAUAUUUACAGUUAAACUUGCUAAACAAGUGGCAAGUGCUGCCCUCAGUAGAUCUACAGACAAAACAAUUGCUAGUGGAAGAGGUGGAAGAGUAUGGAUGUGAUUUUGGCUUUUCUCUAGCAAAACUGCAGAAAAAUUUAAUGUUUUGGAAACAAAACAAGUAACAUCUUCUGGGUAAGUUAGUCCAAGGGUUAGACUGCUUGUGUCACUCAGUCCAGCAGAGCUUGAAGAAAAAAACCCUACAAUAAGCUGUGUUUCUAAAGUAAUAGAAUAAAUUGGCAAAUAGAAUUCUUGUACUGAAGUGCAUAAAGCCAAGGAACCAACCGACCAGUGCCUCAAUCCUGGCAAGGUAAUGGAGCGCCUCACUCUGGAGAUAUCUCUAUUCACAUGGGUGAGAAGAUCAGAAGUAGUCAGCAUGGAUUCACUAAAUGUAAAUAAUGCUUCACCGACCUGAUUGUGUUGUUCUACAAUGCAGAAAUCACCUGGGUGGAUGGGGGGGAGCAGUGGAUAUUGUCCACAUCGUCCACAUUGACCUCAGCAAGGCUUUUGACACUGUCUGUCAUAGGCAAACUCAGGGAGUGUGGACUGGAUGAGGGCACAGUGAGAUGGAUUGAAUUGGAUGAACACCAGAUCCCAGAGGGUCGUAAUCAGUGGCAUAGGGUCUAAUUGGAGAUCACUAGUGGUGUCCCCAAAUACUGGGCCUAGUAUUAUUUAAUUUCUCCAUCAAUGACUUGCGUGAAGGCUUCCUCAGCAAGUUCGCUGAUGACACAAAGCUGGGAGGAGUGGCCAAUACCCCAAAGGGCUGUUCAGACCUCGACAGGUUGGAGUGAUGGGCAGAAAGUUGCCACAAAGAUGCCCAUGUUUGGAGCUCUUGUCACACUGUAAUAUACUGCCUGCCCAGCACAGGAGUUUGAGAACCAAAAAAAUCUGUAUUCUCAAUCCAACAGAAGCAGGAGUAAAUAUUGAUGGAGGUUGCCCUGAGCUAAUUUCCAGGCAGAAACCAGAGAGAAACUGAGUAGGCAAAGAAGUGGCCCAAGCUUUACCGGUGUUCACACUCAUUCAAGCUUUAUCUUCUCAUAUGUCCCAAAUGGAUUGACUAUGCAGUAAAGCUUUUGCUAUUGAAACCUUCAAUAAGUCUUAUGUCAGAAAGUUCAGGAGCUGAUUGCAACACAUAUCAGAGCUGUUCAGAAUGACAAGAAUGCCUUCAAGCACAGAUGGAUGCUGCUUAUUGUGCAAAUAUGACUGAUAGAGAUCAGGGACUUGAUGUCCAGUGGGAUGUACAUGGAUAGGAGCAAGAUGCAAAAAAAGACAAAAUACACAAGUUCCAAACAUACAAUGGAGCGAAGUGGGAAAGGUGAGUGUCAAGAUUGUGAGAAAAUGCACUGAAGUAGAACAGAGCCAUUUUAACUAGGGCUGUCUGGAGCUGACCUACUCUUUGCUCCCCAGCCUAGAAGGCCACACACCCCACAUGAAUUUACCCAAUUUAUCAUUGCAGAGCCUUUUUCUGAUAACUAUUCAAACAUUCUUAUUGCAGGCAGUUUCUUCAUGUGCUGGGAACUGGGUAAACUCCUGAACUCCCAAGUGAUGACUGGCAUCCAUGAAGGAACUCAGAGGCAUUCCAGGAACUCGAUUUGGAUACCAGACUGUAUUUUCAUUUCCGUGUGUGUGGGUGUUCCCUGGUCUCCUCUUGGAUGAAGCAGCCAAACCUCUUGGUGGAUCUUACAGGCUAAAGGAGCUUGAGGGGGUGUCAGUAUUGAAAGAAGACAGCUUUAUUCAACCUGUACCCAUUUACUUUAUCUUUUAAGUGGGAAAUGUCACCAGGCCUCUAAGUUGAAAGCCAGCUGUCUCAAGGUUCUCAGCUGAUCAUGCAUUCCUGCUUUUGCUAUAGGUUCCAAGGAGAAGCACUUGUCCCUGGUUUAUAUCAACAGCAAUGUCCCCAGGUGGUGAUGGCAGCAGGUUCCACACUGCCAGGGCAUGCUGUGGUUCUGAUUUCUGACUAUCUGUGGCCAAGGGACACUAACUGCAGUCUUGAAAACCUUUUUGGAGUCAUGGCGCCCUUGCCCUGACAGUUGCAGUGGGUUAUGUGAGUUCCACCAAAGCCCAACAGCUUCUGGACCUCUCAGGACCAGGUCCAACAACCUCUGUUCGUGAGCGAGCCUGUGUCUCAGGCAGCCAGCUUUCUGCUUGUUCUACAGCAAAAGGGCAGAACAAACAAGGAAAUGGGUGCUUCUGAAGGCCUCAGCAUAAGAGUGUCACUAACACUUGGGAGAAGAAGGCUGGGAAAGUCUUGAUGUUCCCGGUGACAACAGAAGAAGGCAGCUGGGGCCUGUCACCACCUGCAGUGAUUGCACAGCAAUGGGACACCUGCACCCCAUCUCUCUUCUGUGGAUUGCAUCUCCUCUCUCCAUGGCUUGUGGAAGGAAGGUGCGCGAAGGGAUGCAGCUCUGGGUUUUGUGUGAAAUGAACGGACCUUGCGUGGUUACAGAUCCUCACGAGGGCUGGAUGGAGGCAGCUGUGAGGGUAGCAAGGCAGCUUGCUGGGGUGGUGUAGCUCUUCUCUAGUACAAAGUGUUUACCCCACAUUCAGCAAGGCUGAUAAGGAAGAAGCUGCUGCUCUCUCAGCAUAUCACAUUACUCUCCUGCUUCAACCCCCUAUCAUUUCCUGGCUCCUGUCAGCUCCACCUGCCUUCCCUCCAGCAGGUUAUACAUGCAGACCAUGAGGUCCACUCCAUCUUGGGAGGAGUGCAAGAAAGUGUGCAGAAGGGGAACAACAUAUGUAGAAAUGACUUCAGAAGGUCCCCCACAGUCAGCUCAGGAGACAGUGCCUUUUGUGACCGCUAGGAGAAAAUGGUGACAGUGAAAUCUUGAGAGAACUAAUGUUUCACCUUUGUCACCUGAGUGGGGGGUGUGUGACUAUAGACAAAAGCAGGCACUGACUUUGAGAGGGUGCUGCAGACUGGAGCCAUUCAGCUUCACUAUUCAGAAAUGCCACCAUCAAGAUGAGAUGAGCACACAGCAGCAAUGGAACUCAAGGAGAUGCAUACCAGAUACCCUCAAACCAGGAGACACUUUUAGAACUUGUUUUGGAGCUGACUUAGAAACUGGAAAUAAUAAUAAUAAUAAUUUAAAAAAAAAAAUAAUAAUGUCUUUCCACAUAAAGACUGACUGGGCUUUUUCUGCCUUAAAAUAUGUCCAGACCUUCCAUGCAAGACAACAUUAGGCAAGACUAUUUACUUAUUAUAUUACUGUGUUAACUCUAUAACUGGUUAUGUCACCAGAAAUCAUGUGGCUGUCUUCGAUUUGCUUUUCUUCCUCUAGACAGGUAAUGUGGAGCUUGCUUCUUCUCUUUAGAACUGAUUUUCUCUUCUAGUUCUGACUACCCAAACAGUCAUUCUGUAUCCUUCAGUCUCCAGUCUCCUGGUCUUUGGAGGGGCAGAUCCUUUAGGGAAUCUCUAAUACUCAUGGUAUUGCAAGCAAGCUUCUUCUGCCCCUCAUAGGAAAACGCCUUGGCCUGGACAGCAAAAGCACCAUUGAUUCUGCUGGUGCUGAACAGAGAUCUCUUCUUGAGGCUGGUGGCAACAUCCACUGAAGUGGCUGGGUAUUUCAUCUGAGGAAGCAAAGUAUCUAGGAGAUGAAGGACAGCCCACCUUCUACAAGGAGAUCUGACAUCUUAAACUUUCUUGGGUUAGCCUUGUUAAAAACUGUGGAUUCCUACAAUUUCUUCUCCCCUUCAACUGAAGACUUUUCCCAAGCACUGUUUUUCAACAAGCCCAAGAGUGUGAAGUGCUACCACCCCUGAGGGCCAGCUGGUUCGGUGUCACGUGCCAAUGGAACUGUUUUCAGCAGAGCCAGUUUAUCUGAAGAAACAGUCCCCCAACAGCAUGGAUCAACUGCCCCACACAAGUCACCUGAGGCUCAAAGGAAGUGGUCUAUAAAAGGAGAAAAUCCUUGCCAAGGGAAUGCCACAGAAGUAAGCCCAAGCCACAGAAAGCCCGGUUGAAGGCUUCACUUUGCCACAGCUUCUCAGAGGUUAACCAGGGUCUGUAAGCAAACAGCUUAAAGAAGAAGCCCGGCUUAGUGCCUGGGUCUUGGGCUGUCCCAGAGCCUAGCAGCCUAAUGCCCUUCCAGCAGCCCCUCCCUCCCAAAGGCGAUGCUGGGCAAACAGAGCCAGCCCUCGCCCUCUCCUCACGCAGCGAGGACGGACCGGACCGCGCUGGGGCUCGGGGGCAUCGCAAGAGAGAGAGGGUGUUCACUUGAGACGGGCGCAGAGCCAUGUGUAUAUAAAGCCUGAGGCAGCAGCCCGGGAGGAUUGUUUAGCACAACCACACCUCGGCUCACUUGGCAGCACGGCGAGCCACUGCCGGAGAGCCGGCACUUGAACCCCGAAGUACCGAGUGUGGGAGCGAUCUGCCCCAUGGGCCCCCGCCUGCUGCUGAUUCUGAUGCUGCUUCGGGCAGUUUGGGAAGGUGCUCUGGGAAAGUCCCAUUCACUGCACACUCGAGGAAUCAUUGAACUGGCUGGAGCCAUAACAUGUGGCACGGGACGGUCUCCCUUGGCAUAUAUUGGCUAUGGGUGCUACUGUGGACUGGGAGGACGAGGUUGGCCUAAAGAUAAAACAGACUGGUGCUGCCACAGGCACGACUGCUGCUACGAUACGGCAGAGAAGGAAGGCUGCAACCCCAAGGUGCAGCGCUACCAGUGGGCGUGUGAGCAGAACACCGUGCGGUGCGAUAACCUGACAGACCGAUGUGAAAAAAUGGUGUGCCUCUGCGACCAAGAAGCAGCCAAGUGCUGGGGAGCAGCCCCAUACAAUCCACACUUCAUCCUCUGGCCAGACUUUUUAUGUGGACAGACUCAUCCCACCUGCCAUGUCAGAUAUGGGGGGCCAGAAUAGACUUUU